ACCGCUUUCUUAACCCUCCAAUCCAGUUUGUUCUCUCGUCCUGGCGAAAUGUAUCCGCCCUGCUGUCAGUCUUCCCAAACUGGGCGCUUGUUUUCUGUCCCACCGGAGAAAGGAGUGGACCAGCUUUACAUUAUUGAAAGAGCAAAUUCAAGCUGUGAAACAAUGCCUUCUGAUUGACAUCAGCAGCAGUAACUGUCCAUCAUGAACAGCGAGGAAGAGUUCUAUGAUGCUGAGACAGGUUUAGAAUCAGACGACUCAUGUGAAGUCAGCUUUAAAGAUGCCUGCGUCUAUGAGAGCAAGCAGACGGUGAAUGGCAAAGUGCCAUCUGAAAAUGGAGUAUGGGAGAGGCGGACUACUCUGCCAGCGCCCAUGUUCUCCAGAAAUGAUUUUAGUGUAUGGGGCUUUUUGAAGAAAUGCAUUGGAAUGGAGCUGUCCAAGAUAACAAUGCCUAUUGUUUUCAACGAACCGCUGAGCUUCUUGCAGAGGAUUACAGAGUACAUGGAACAUACAUACCUCAUCCAUAAAGCUUGUACACUUUCUGAUUCUAUAGAGCGUAUGCAGCUUGUUGCCGCAUUCGCCAUUUCUGCUGUUGCGUCGCAAUGGGACAGAACUGGAAAACCUUUUAACCCUUUAUUAGGAGAGACUUUUGAACUUACAAGGGAUGAAGAGGGUUACCGUAUGAUCUCAGAACAGGUGAGCCACCAUCCACCAAUCAGCGCCUUCUACUCAGAGUCACUCAAUCAGGACUUCUCGUUUCACGGCUCCAUCUACCCUAAACUGAAAUUCUGGGGGAAGAGUGUGGAGGCAGAGCCUAAAGGCACUAUGACACUUGAGCUCUCCAAACACAGAGAAGCUUACACAUGGACGAACCCUAUGUGCUGUGUGCAUAACGUUAUUCUGGGUAAACUGUGGAUUGAGCAGUAUGGGACAGUGGAGAUUGUCAACCACAGCACUGGGGACAAGUGUGUGCUGAAUUUUAAGCCAUGCGGCAUGUUUGGCAAAGAGCUACAUAGGGUAGAGGGACAUAUCCAGGACAAGAGUAAAAAGAAGCAUCGGGUUAUCUAUGGGAAGUGGACUGAGUGUGUAUAUAGCAUUGAGCCAAAAGUCUACGAAGCCAAUAAGAAAGCAGAGAAGAAAAGCGGAGGAGAGUCCAAGAAACACAAGCAGGAGCAGAGUACAGGGGGUGAUGAUGCAGAUGAAAUGCCAGAUGUUCAGGAGACAGUCACUAUGAUCCCAGGCAGUAUGCUGCUAUGGAGAGUAGCCCCUCGACCACCACACUCGACACAGAUGUAUAAUUUUACCAACUUUGCCAUGACGCUUAAUGAGCUGGAGCCUGGCAUGAUCGGAGUCAUUGCACCAACAGACUGUCGUUUGCGGCCUGACGUCAGAGCUAUGGAAAAGGGGGAUAUCGAUACUGCAAGUCGAGAGAAGGAGAGAUUGGAAGAGAAGCAGAGAGCUGCCAGAAGAGAGCGUGCUAAAGACGAGGAAGAAUGGCCUACGAGAUGGUUCCAGCAAGGCAAUAAUCCGUACACUGGAGCUGCAGACUGGAUCUACAAGGGUGGUUACUUUGACAGGAGGUAUUCUCACCUUCCAGACAUCUACUGAUUCGGUUGGGAAGACUGAAAGAGUCUUGAGAUUCAUCCUUUGCUCUCCUUCACUCAAUCCAUAUCAUCUCCUCUCCUUAAGCUCUUUUCAUAUUUUUUGUUGGAAUGUGAGAUUCAUAUGAACAGUUUUUGGACAAAGCCUCUCCACGAGUUCUACUCUUUACUAGAAUCUGGAAAUUCAGUGUGAAUGGAUUUAUUUAUUUAGAGGUAGGGAAUGCCUUAAUACUUCACUGUUUAUUUUCAUGUAUGUUAGAUUUUGAGUUAAACAUUCUGUGCACACCUCAAUAUGUUUAGAAAUUGCUAUUUUAUGUACAGUAUGUGCUAACUUACCUUUCCAUGCGUCUCGCUAGUUACACUCAGGUGUUCAUUUUAUGGGUACAAAUGGUUAGUGAUGGCAUCGCUGCAGUGCCAUCUGUGAAGAUUUUUUGUGUCAUUAUUGAAAUGUGAGGCUGCUCAGAACCUAUUAGGAGAGCAUCAUUUUGUGUUUUUGUUCAAACUAAUACUAUUUUAUCAUCUCUAUUAUAUGCUUUUUCCUUAUCUCAAAAAUAUGACCUCUGUUUUUGGUAUGCAUGAUGUGCAGAAACUUCACAUUUAAAAAUUCUGCCUGAUUUUGAGUAUCUGGAAUGAAAACAAGUUUAUUUUUCCAAAUUAUCCCACAUUUUUUUUCCAGAAAUUAAGGUUAUAUCUCAAUGAUUAGGCUCUUGGGCCAUUUCUCACCAUCUCCAUGGUACAGGGGAAUUUACUAAACCUAAUAUUCUCAUUCCUCACACAUUUAGAAAUAUUUUAGAUCUGUUUUAUUUUUGUUUGACAGACAAAAAUGAAAGCUGCUCAUGAAAAAUGUUUACUUGGUUUAAAAAAAAAAAAAAAAAAAAAGGUGUUUUUAAUUGUUAAAAAGCUCUUAUAAAUAACACAAAACCUAUUACAUCCUAGCAUUGAUGUUUUGAGUGUGUUUAUGGUUGCCAAAGCGACUUUUCUCUUGUAGAACCUAAAGCCAUAUAACUUGUCAGGGCUGCAAUGUUGAGUGAUACAUCCUGGUGAAUGAAAUGGAGAUGGGUGCUAAUCUAUCUUUUAUUUCAGCACUUAAUGGCUCACAGAUAGAAUGUCAAGGUGUUUCACCUUAGCCCACACACACACACACACACACACACACACACACACA